AUGAACACCAAACGAGGUGCUGCCAAAGGCGUCUCGCUCUCAAAGCGAAAGGCUCAACCCAACGCUUUUGACAAGCUUGGCGAUAACCCGACCGAGGAUGAGAUCAAGAACGCCGCCGCCAACGUCGCCCUCGCUGAGCUGGAGGAACGUGUCGCUGACGUGCGAGACUCUUGGGAGACUGAUUCUCUAUUCGAGGAUGUCUUUGAAGAGUUGACUACCGAUUCCCCUUCAACCGACGACCCUCAAGUGUGCACACCCGAGGAGGCUAGCAGACUUCGUCGGGAGCUCCGAGAGUAUGGCCCCGCCGUCUUCUGCCAGCGCACCGUCGACGCUGGUCGCUACACGGCCAGGAAGCUCCUCAGCGCCUUUGGCAUCCGCGCUCCUGCUUUCCUCGAAGGCGAGCCUGACGAUGCCUACUUUAGCCUGCUGUCGCUCGCCAUCACACGCGAGCUGUCCAAGCGCGCCAAGCUCACCCGCUACAACACGGUCGAGGACGCCGUCGAGCUCAUCAACAAGAGCUCCAACAUUGUCCUCAUCACCGGCGCCGGCAUCUCCACCUCGCUGGGCAUCCCCGACUUUCGUUCCAAGGGAACCGGUCUCUACUCCAAGCUGGAGCAUCUCGGCCUCAACGAUCCCCAAGAGGUCUUUGACAUUUCCGUCUUUCGCCAAGACCCCACCAUCUUCUACUCGGUCGCCAAGGACAUCCUCCCCAGCACUGACCGAUACACCCCGACUCACAAGUUCAUCGCCAUGCUCAACGAGCGCGGCAAGCUCCUGACAAACUACUCUCAAAACAUUGACAACCUCGAGGUCAAGGCCGGCGUCCCCAAGGACAAGCUCAUCCAGUGCCACGGCUCCUUCGGAACCGCCAGCUGCGUCCAGUGCGGCUACCAGUGCCAGGGCGAGACCAUCUUCCCCGACAUCAAGGCUGACAAGAUCCCCCGGUGCCCACGCUGCAUUCAGACCCUGCGCGCUACUGGCGGCGCUCCGAAGCGCAAGCGUUCUGCUGGCGCCGACAAGAAGCGUCGCAGAUGGAGCGCCGACGAGAGCUCAGACGAGUCCGAGUACGACAUACCCUCAGCCGGCGUCAUGAAGCCAGACAUUACCUUUUUCGGUGAAGCCCUCCCUGACGAGUUUUCCCGACGGCUCACCGAAAACGACCGCGACAAGGUCGACCUCGUCAUCGUCAUCGGCACCUCUCUCAAGGUGACGCCCGUGUCUGAGAUUGUGAGCUGGCUCCCCGCCCACAUUCCCCAGAUCUACGUGUCCCGCCAGGCCGUCUCGCACAUCAACUUUGACAUUGACCUCCUCGGUGACUGCGACGUCGUCGUCGCCGAGCUGUGCCGCCGCCUCGACUGGCCCUUCAAGCACGAGAUGAUCCCCAAGGGGCAAAAGGUUGACGUGCGCACCGAGCCGGGCUUCAAGAGCCGCCACUUCUUUGAAGAGCGAAAGUAA